AUGCAGUCAAUCAACCGAUUGUUAUCGAUUGCUGAUGACCGCGCCGGCACAAAGCCAACGCAUGUGAAACAGCCCGGCAGCCGGGUCGUGUAUGUGGUUGAUGACGAUGACAUGAUCAGAGCCACCUUGCGCGACAUGCUCGAACUGAACGGCUUCCAAGUCGCUGAUUAUGCCAGCAGUGAAGAUUUUCUGAACGUUGACCAUUCGGCAGUGGAUGCCUGCCUUUUGGUGGAUGCCUAUUUGCCCGGUAUGGAUGGGCUCCAGUUGAUUGAAACCCUGAAUCAGCGAAAUCAAAUCUUGCCGUCCAUCAUGAUUACCGGGCGAAGUGACGUUGCGAUGGCCGUAACGGCAAUGAAGGUCGGAGCGGCCGAUUUCUUUGAAAAACCGAUUGCCGCACCCGAGCUGCUUGCCAGUAUUGAACGGGUUUUUGAGCGAUCCAAGGAUGCGAACAAAGCCCAUGCUUGGCACCAAUCAGCCAUGGAUCAUGUUGCAGGUUUGACGCUUCGCCAGCGCGAAAUCAUGGACCUGGUUCUUGCCGGCCAUCCGAGCAAGAAUAUAGCAGCCGAUCUUGGCAUAAGCCAGCGAACGGUUGAGAACCAUCGGGCAGCGGUUAUGAAGAAGACUGGCAGCAAGUCCUUGCCUGCGCUCGCGCGUCUCGCGCUGGCUGCCGCGGAACCAACCGCUAGGUAG